ACAGAUGAAGAGACUGAUGGACAUUCUGCUAAUGGACUCAAGAUAAAGAGACCAUGGAUUUUAUUGUUGUCUGCAACAAGUCUCUUUACAAAUGAAAACUUCGGGCUUGAGAACCACAUAAAUAAGCGCAUCAUGCUUUUGAAGUCAGGAAUAUUCCUCACUCUGUGUCUGUUUACCCUCCAAGCAAGUCGAAUCAAAGAAAUACAUGACCACGGUUUUUCGGGACUCAGGGAUGUGAAGUACCGACACUUUCUAGAAUCCUCCAGACCGAUCAGACACACCACAAAUGUCAGAGGGGAGCAGAAUGGACAUCGGAAUAAGAGGUCGCCGCUCCUCACCACGGGGGUCAAAGUGUGUCCGCAGGAGACGAUGAAAGCAGUCAUCGGCAGCCAUCGGGCCUAUUACAAACUCAGAGUUUGCCAGGAAGCAAUUUGGGAAGCGUUUCGGAUCUUCUUGGACCGAUCCCCAAGCUCAGAGGAGUACAGAGCCUGGCUCUACACCUGCCAGCAUGAAAACCUCUGCAUGGACGACCUGGCCCAGAACUUCAGCAGCUCUCAGGAGCAUCUGGACCUGGUGGCCCGUAGGAUAGCCGAGCAAGCUGAAGUUGAAGGAGUUUUUGCUGGAACCAGAGAGCCAGGAAUUGAUUGCACCUGGACACCCCCAAUGAUUGUGCUACCAACUGAGGCUAACGUGAUCAUUUUCUUUUUUUGCCAGAACGAGGAAGACCCCAACAUGAUCAAAGAGAACUUUGAGGAGUAUGUUAUCCAUUUCAGUGUCACCAUCUCAGAUCCGGCCUUCACCAAGCUGCUCAGUGACCCCCAGGCAGUGGAGUACAGUGAAAUCAGACAAGAGCUCACAGAAAAGAUGCGUCGUGUGUUUGCAGAUGUUCCAGGAUUCAAAGAGAUUCGUGUGCUGGGAUAUCGCUCAGAGGAUGUGUCGGUGCGUUACGCUGUGGUCUUCAAUGGAGAAACUGAGCUCAACGACGAACCUGAUGUUCUCGAGGCGCUUGACAUGGACGAGGAUACGAAUGCUCCUAAACUGAAGCAAAUCAUCGUAAAUGCCUUGAAGCAAGAGACAUCACUACCAGUGGACAUAGAGACACUCAACUUUGAGAGUGUAACUACAAUCUAUCCAGUUGCGGAGCUUGGCAUGAACCCAGUUGAGGACGACACCCCUAAGCCACCUACGGAGGACAACUCUCCCACCCGAAGUUUCUUUCCCACUGUGGCAGUGAUAGAAAACUCCUUGGAAGCUUUUACAGUCAAACCAGAAACACACACCUUCGUGCCUUUCAUCCCAAACAUCCUCCCAGAAAGCAUUCCUGCCAUCACUGAUGAGACUCCUCUAAUGUCCGCAGUAGAGGAGGAAUCCUCAGAAGAGUCCGCGGUGGAGGAUCUGGAGGAGCAGCCUCCAACCAAGCACGUUGACAGCGGUGAGGCUGAACCUGAGGAGCAGGUGACAGACGAAUCUGAACCAGAUAAUGAAGUUACUGAAGAACAUCCCUUAGCAACUCCAGACACCCAACCAGAAGAGUCUACGGUCCCAGUCUCCACACCAUCAUCUCAGGAGGAUGUUGUCCAAGGCAUUGAACCAGAAACAGAAGAGGAAUAUUUGCCUUCCCCUGCAGAGAGUGGCGAGGCCCCCGAGGACCGGGCUGAGUCUGGUGGAGACCUGCCUCCGGAGAACUCCAACAUUCAAGACGAUGUAGGGUCGAGUCAGAACGGGACGGAGGAGAACACGAUCGACUCUCUGGAAGAGGAGAGCGGCAGUGGAUUGUCCUCAGAGUCCGACGAACACCCGUACAGGUCCACGGCAUCACCUGCCAUGAGGCAAGGCAGCACCCCUCUGAUGGCCGCCGUGGACGCGGGCAAAGAGUUAGUGGUUUUCUUUAGCUUGAGGGUCACUAACAUGAUGUUUUCUGAUGACCUGUUCAACAAGAGCUCCCCAGAGUAUAAAUCACUGGAGCAUACCUUUCUUGAGCUGCUUCUGCCUUAUCUACAAUCCAAUUUGACUGGAUUCAAGCAACUGGAAGUUCUGAACUUCAGGAACGGCAGCGUUGUGGUGAACAGCAAGAUGAAGCUGGACAAACCGGUACCUUACAACGUCACAGAAGCUGUUCACUGCGUGCUCGAAGACUUCUGCAACGCCGCUUCCAAACGGCUCGACAUCAAGAUUGACAGUCGCUCCUUGGAAAUAGAACCAGCCGACCAAGCAGAGCCCUGUAAAUUCCUGGCCUGCAACGAUUUCUCCCACUGCACGGUGAACCGCUGGACCGGAGAGGCAGAGUGUGUGUGCGUCCCGGGAUACUCCAUCGUGGACGGCCUGCCGUGUCAGAGCGUCUGUUCUCUGCAGCCCGACUACUGCCUGAACGACGGCCUGUGUGAAAUAAUCCCAGGGCACGGAGCCACCUGCAGAUGCCCUGUAGGUAAAUACUGGCACUACCACGGAGAGCACUGCGACGAGCUGGUGUCGGUGCCCCUCGACCCCCCGCUAAUUAUAACAUGCCUCGUGGGAAGCCUCUGCUUUGUUUGCGCCAUCAUCGGCAUUUUGCUAUUCAUUAACAAGAAAUGUAUAAGGCCCGUAAAGGCUAUCACUUUGGUAUACCCCGACAACUCUACACCACAAGAUCAGAAAAGUUAG